AAACUUCUCAUUUCUUUCUUCUAUUCCUUUUUUUUUUUUUUUAUUCUUUACCUUUUAAACUUUUACAGCAAAUAUGUCUUUAAGCAGUGACGACGCUACUGUCAAACGACAAAGAGUGAGCCGUGCAUGUGACUUGUGUAGAAAGAAAAAGAUCAAGUGUGACGGUACCGCACCCGUCUGUAGUAAUUGCCAAGCAUUCAACUUGGAAUGUAGUUACAAGGACACCACCAAAAAGAGAGGGCCUCCAAAAGGAUAUAUUGAAGCAAUAGAAAAUAGAUUACACAAAUUAGAAAGUUAUCUUAAUGAUAUCGUAAAACAAGAAGAAGAAGAUCCACGCACUAAAGAACUUUUGAAAGAAUUACAGUCACCAUUAGAAACACCACUCGGUGAACAAAUUAAAGCAAGACCUCAACGUAGACAACGUAGACGCCCGAUACCGAUUGAAUCCGUCACACCACCUAUCACUGAUUCACCUUUAUCGCCUUUAUUUGAUAGCCCAACACUAAGUCAUAGUGAGAUACCCUUAUCUAACGAUGAACAACCAAUGCAAAGUACGUCCGAUCUUAAUGACGGCAAAGGUCAAUUAUCAAUGGAUGAAAACGGUCAAGUCCGAUACCUAGGAAAAUCUUCUGGAUUCUAUCUUUUACAGAAUAGUAGAACUUAUCAAAAUGGCGCAUUUCAUUUCUCAGGCUACAAGCAUAAACUUUCCUCUGAAAGUAUAAAUGAGUUUGUCGCCCCAAAAAACAAAUAUUCAAGCACGGAUCCCUUUGAACUACCCCCCACUGAUUUAUCCGAACAUCUCAUUGAUUUAUAUUUGACUCAUUUUUAUCCCGUUCUACCAAUGUUCUAUAAAAGGCGUCUCAUCUGCAGCCUGUCUCCCUUAGAGCCUAUCUCUCCACUCUUACUAAAUGCAAUUUAUGCUAUUGCGUCACGAGUCACCCCUGAUGAACGCGUGAGAUCUGAUAUCUCUUCACCUGAUACUGCUGGUGAUGUCUUUUUUGAAAGGGCCAAAUGCUUGCUUGAUGAUUAUUAUGACACACCAAGAAUAUCUACCGUACAAGCUUUACUACUGAUGGCAAGUCAUCAAAUGGGUGCUAUGAAAGCGGCAAGAGCCUGGCUAUACAGUGGAAUGGCUUUUCGCAUGGCACAAGAUUUAGGCUUGAAUCGUAACUGUGACCACUGGAAUAUCUCGCCUGAAGAAAGAGAAAGGAGAAAACGUGUCUUUUGGUGCUGCUUUAUUGUUGAUAGAAUUACAAGUGCUAUUUAUGGUCGUUCUGCCAACUUUGAAGAAAGAGAUUGCGAUGUGCCGUUUCCUUCAGUAGAUGAUGAUGAAUGGAUUAAACCCGCAAGUAAAGAUUCGUCUAGACCUCCUGCAAGACUCUUAGAAGUGUUUAUUCAAUCAAUUAAGAUUUGCGACAUCUUGGGUCAUGUGUUGAAAAAUAUUUAUUAUGCAAAAGCGAGACAACAUACUUCUGCGCAUCAUAUUGAUAACAUUUUAACAACAUUGAACAGACAACUCAAUCAAUGGCAUGCAAGUUUGCCUCUUGCUUUACAAUACAAAUUACCAAAUACGCAAGCCGGUGAAAUGGCUCCUGAUCCACCUUCUGCUAUCUGUCAAUUACACUUGAUUUAUUAUACAACUUUGAUUCUGUUGCAUCGUUCUUUUAUUCCUGGCCCAACUCAAACUCAAUCGCCUAACAAUCUUCCCUCUUACCGCAUUUGUGAAUCGGCUGCUACUUCUGUUCUUGAUAUCAUCAACAUUAUGCUUGGCGAAAAUCACUUGAAGUAUGUAUACAACUUUUCUGUCUUCUUUGUCUUUACUGCUGGUAUUAUUUUUAUCAAGUUGGCCUCUUCAGACGAUGCAAGCACAGCUUUUGACGCGAGAAUCAAUAUCAAUCGAAUCAUGCGUGCCUUGGAUGAACUAGAAAUCACUUGGCUAAAUGCAGCCCGUUGUUGCAAUAUCUUGGGAGAAUUAGCUGGCUUGCGUGAUAUCAAACUUGAAUGCGAUAAAUUUGUACCAAAAGAAAUAUCUAAAGCAAGUCCUCCUCCUUCUAUAGCUGUUCCUAAUUCUCCAGAACUCUCUUCGACCAUACUCUCUUCAUCCCCACAAGAUAUGGAUAUAACGAUGCAGUACAGCCAAAACAAUACAACACAACCAAUGGAUACCUCUUCCAACGACUAUAAUAACAACUGGAAUCCGCAUCACCACAAGAGUGCAAGCAUGUCCGAUUAUUCUCAUCACCAACAUAAUCAACCCCAGCGCUCAUCAACCGAUUACUUUAGCCAUAACAGCCAUACUAGUAAUUUUUCCUUAUUUUCAUCAUCGCCACCCUCUAUGAGUGUCACAUCUCAGAUUCCAAUUUCAUCUGUGCGUUCAUCUUCAGCUCAAAAUCAUCGUGCUUCUUCAUCUCCUACAUCAUCAUCAUUUUUAAACAAUACCACACCUACUAUGGAUCCAUUUGCAGCACCUGGCAUUAUACCUACGCCCGCGUCAAAUCAAGCUGAGCAAUUUGAUCCACUGGGUACAGCCUUUUGGGGCAUGCCGACAUCGCUUGAUACGGAUGAAUGGAAUGCUUAUUUCGGAAACCAACAAGUCAAUAACACAGCCCCUACUAGCGAACCUACACCGACCAAUCAAUUGAGUUCUAUGUUACUUUCAUCGUCUGCAUCUUCCGUUUCAUCAUUCAUGUACUCCCAACAACCAUUGCACAGGCUGUCCUCUACAUCGUCCGCUUCCAUGGAUCUACCGAAUUCUCCCUCUCAAAGCUUCUUGUUGGGAUUUUUGGACGAAAAUAAGAAUUCUCGUUUGGUGUCGUCUCCUUCGCCCAUAAAUGCCACAACCAUAGAAUCAUCCAACGUAUCGGCUGACAUUCGUUACUGGUAACACAACAACAAUUGGUCAUACUUAUAAAUCGACACAGUCGCCCUUCUUUUACAUAAUUUUUAUUAUAUUACACUUAUUUUUUUUUAAGAAAACAAGAAAAUAAAACCCUGUACAAAUCUGUCUCAUAUUCAUUGGUAAAUCAAAUGACC